AUGGUCAGCAUUCCACCUCAUACUUCGCACAAGUUGCAGCCGCUCGAUCUGACUUUUUUUGCGCCUCUGAAGAACGCUUACAGUAGGCAAUGCAACUUAUUUUUGAAAAGUAAAAUUAGCGAUGAGCAAAAAGAAAAUAAAUUGACGCCUUACGAUGUUGCCGAAAUUUUCAGGCUAGCAUAUGAACAGGUUGCAAACGUGGAAAAGGGAGCUUCCGGUUUUUCUGCCGCUGGAAUAUUUCCACUAAAUCCAGAAAAAUUCACCGAAGACGACUUCACUCCAGCUGAGAGCUUCAAUUCUGGCUCUCAGGAAGAAAAUCUGUAUGGUUCACCACAACGUAAUGGGACACCUAUUACUGCACCCCUAGUGCAAAGAAAAUCACCCCAACCCUCUACUAGUAGGCAAUCACCGCCCCCAGACAAACAAUUAUUAUAUUUCGACCCAGAGCCUAUCACCGUUGCACAAGUUUUGCCUAUUCCAAAGGCAAAGGGAACUACUAUUAGGAAGAAUAUGCGAGAAAAACAACAUUCACAGAUAAUAACGAGCACCCCCUUUAAAGAUGAUUUGGAAAAGAAAGAACAAAAAAAGAAUGAAAAAGCAAGAAAUGCUGCAAAGAAAAAUAUUGCCAAAAAAAGUAGGAAAACAAACAAGAAGCUCAAAAGAAAAAGAACAAAGCUACCGGACAGUGAUAGUGAGACGAGCAGUUUUGAUGAAAAAGAAAUUGGCGACGAUGACGAUCUAGAUAACAUGUGUAAGAGCGAGUAA